ACCUCCUGCAACCUCGUUUCGGACCGCAGCUGGCGAGGCUCUCUUUUGCUCGUCCUUCCUCGAACGCCCUGUUCCCUCCGCCCGCUGCCACUGCUGCUGCGCCAGACUCGAGUGCCACGACAGCGGCUCAUCCUCUUCCUGUCGCAUCCCUCUCGUCCUCCGCCGCCGCCGCCGCCGCCUUUCCCCUCGUCGCCCUGGCCGGCUCCGUAAUCCCGCCAUCGUCCGUCGCUUCGCCCCGCAGAGCCAAGCGCCCUUUCGUGAGCACGUUUCCGCCGGCACCAUGACGGACCCGCGCGACUCAUCGUCCUACUCGAUCGUGCCGAGGAUUCGGUACAACACCGUCGGAGGUGUCAACGGCCCGCUGGUCAUCCUUGAGAAUGUUAAAUUCCCCAGAUACAACGAGAUUGUCACCUUGACGCUUCCCGAUGGCACCCAGAGAUCCGGUCAGGUCCUGGAAGCACGAGGCGACCGAGCUGUUGUGCAGGUCUUUGAGGGAACAUCCGGUAUCGAUGUGAAGAAGACCAAGGUUGAGUUCACCGGCUCGAGCCUGAAGCUCGGCGUUUCGGAGGACAUGCUUGGUCGCAUCUUUGACGGCUCCGGCCGUGCCAUCGACAAGGGCCCCAAGGUGCUUCCCGAGGAUUACCUCGACAUCAACGGCAGCCCUAUCAACCCCUACUCUCGUGAAUACCCCGAGGAAAUGAUUUCGACCGGUAUUUCCGCCAUUGACACGAUGAACUCGAUCGCCCGUGGCCAGAAGAUCCCCAUCUUCUCUGCCUCUGGUCUGCCUCACAACGAGAUUGCUGCCCAGAUUUGCCGACAGGCCGGCCUCGUCCAGAAGCAGGGCAUCACCAACAAGGGAGUCCAUGAUGGCCACGAGGAGAACUUCUCCAUCGUGUUCGGUGCCAUGGGUGUCAACUUGGAGACGGCCCGUUUCUUCACGCGCGACUUUGAAGAGAACGGUAGCUUGGAGCGCACGACUCUGUUCCUCAACCUGGCCAACGAUCCUACUAUCGAACGUAUCAUCACCCCUCGUCUUGCACUCACGACCGCCGAGUACUACGCCUACCAGCUUGAGAAGCACGUCCUGGUCAUCCUUACUGACCUGUCGGCCUACUGCGACGCUCUUCGUGAAGUUUCGGCGGCGCGAGAGGAAGUGCCCGGUCGCCGUGGUUUCCCGGGUUACAUGUACACUGAUUUGUCCACCAUCUACGAACGAGCCGGGCGCGUCGAGGGACGCAACGGAUCGAUCACGCAGAUUCCCAUCUUGACGAUGCCCAACGACGACAUUACGCACCCGAUCCCCGACUUGACGGGAUACAUUACCGAGGGCCAGAUCUUCGUCGACCGACCGCUGUACAACCGCGGCAUCUACCCGCCGAUCAACGUGCUGCCGUCGCUGUCGCGUCUGAUGAAGUCUGCCAUUGGCGAGGGCAUGACGCGCAAGGACCACGGCGACGUUUCCAACCAGCUGUAUGCCAAGUAUGCCAUCGGUCGCGAUGCGGCGGCCAUGAAGGCCGUCGUCGGUGAGGAGGCGCUGUCUGCCGAGGACAAGCUGUCGCUAGAGUUCCUGGACAAGUUUGAGCGGCAGUUCAUCAACCAGGGCGCAUACGAGUCGCGAUCCAUCUACGAGUCCCUGGACCUUGCGUGGAGCCUGCUGCGCAUCUACCCCAAGGACCUGCUCAACCGAAUCCCGGGCAAGGUGCUCAACGAGUUCUACCAGCGAGCACAAAAGGACGCCAAGUCCAAGGGCAAGGCGCGGGCGGACGUGGCUGCCAAGGACCAGCAACAAAACGAGGAGAACCUGAUUGACGCAUAAGGGAGGCCAGUGAAAGAGAGAAUGUGUGUGUUUGUGUGUGUGUCGCGCGCCCAGACAGGGUGCAAUGCAGUCCUAAUAGACGCCACGGACGGAGGGCGGUAGCAGCGCAGGGGGUGGCCACUGUCAUGUGUAUAAGUCGGGCUGGUGGAAGCGUUCCUACCGUUCGAAGUACUACCUCUUUUCCUUGCCUCCAUCUUUUCUUUUUGGUAGGAGGGACAAACAGCAGCUUAACAUGAUGCAUUGAACAGGCAAGAGAGGUCCGUAGAGACGCCACAUGGCGCGGGAGCGUUGCGUCGUGAGGCAGACAUUGGUUGUGCAUGCGACGUCGGACAAGGAGCGGCAGCCGGCUGUUGCCGGGGGCAAGGCGAGGUGCGCCUCGUCUGCUCGUGAGUCGUGAGUCGUGAGCCGAGAACCACGGUUGGAGAAGGGUGGUUCGAAAGACAGAGAAAGGCGACACGGGAUACGUGCGGUUGUCAGCUGCUGCUGCUGUACGUAGUAAGGUGCGGUCGGAGAGGCGCUUUCGGGCCUUUUUUCCCCUCCCCCAUCUUCUUUUCCUCCCCCACCCCUGCGAGGAACCGCAAGCCGUUGUAGGUACAUGCCGCGGCCUCGUGCGCGCCAACAUGGAAUGGGGUGAAUGAGGUCGGGGUUGGGAGGUAGGUUCAGCCCACGUCCCGGGCACGCCCCUGCCCCUCCCCCAUUCCCCAUCCCCAUCUCCACCCCCAUCGCAGCCGCGCCAUGACAAGACCGAUUCACCGAAUUGAAGACCGUGUUUACCCCCCCGUCCGGGGCGCGGCUGGCUGCUCACUCACGGGGUCGCUUUACUGGAAGAGGGGGCGCUUGGGUGAGUGACAAUGUGUAAGCACGAUGGUUGCUUGUAGCUGUAGCGAUUGCAGCAUGGUUCGAUGGAGGGGAAGGAAGGCAAAGGAUAUGAGUGAGAUGAUGUCUACGAAGGCGGCACGUAUCGAUCGUAUACGAAUAAUACUAGGUGGUUACAUACUACACGUCGUCCGCCGUUGGUUGGUUGGUUGGAGAGAGAUAGGCACGUAGGGCACAGGAAGCAAAGGGUGUCCUGGGCGACGACGAUGCUUGGCGAGUUCGUGUUGGC